UUGUAGAUGAACCACCUUUCCUCAAACGUUAAACCCGAAAAAUAAAAGAAAAGGAAGAAGGAAAAAAAAAAAAAAAAAAGGAGAGAGAAAGGCUGUUGCUUGUCUCAUCUCUCUUUCUUUCGUUCUAUCUGUGUUAGUAGAAUCCUUUCAUUUCAUUUCCCUCCACAGAUCUCCAAAAUCUCAGACCAUCCAACCCUAAUUUUUCUCUCUGUAGAAAUUUGGGGUUUCGGCUGAUAUCUAAUUCUUCUGGAUGCUUCCAGAAGGUUCUCCGAAGCUUGGAAUGGGGUUUCGGCUGAUGAAAUAUCAUGGAUGAAUUACGAUGCCUGAACUGCGUAGUGGAGUGCGCAGAGGCCGGGCACACAGGAACCCCAACGCGAUUCGAAUCGAGGACCAGAGUGUGACAGCGGUACGGACCCGACCUAGGAGGGCCGCGCAGAAUAGGAGGGGCGAGGUCGUUGUCGAUGGUGGAGAGAGGGACAUCUUGAGGGGGUUGGGUCUGCAAGCGACGUCGUUUGAGGAAGAGGAGGUUAAGGUUUUGGGUGCGACUGGUGGUGGUAGUGGUCCCCCAAGAGAAGAGGUUGCGGAGAAGGAGAUGGAUGAGUACGAUAGCGGCGGAAGGAGCGGCGACAAGGGUCCCGGAGCUGAAGAUGAGGGAAGCACUGCGCCGCUUCCUGAGAAGGUCCAGGUGGGUGGUUCUCCAGUUUACAAAAUUGAUAGAAAACUGGGGAAAGGAGGCUUUGGACAAGUUUAUGUUGGGCGACGCAUUGGUGGAAAUUCAAAUGAAAGAACUGGCGCAGGAGCUGUAGAGGUUGCCUUAAAAUUUGAGCAUAGAAGCAGCAAAGGGUGCAAUUAUGGACCACCAUAUGAGUGGCAAGUUUACAAUGCACUUGGUGGCAGCCAUGGUGUGCCACGGGUACAUUACAAGGGCCGACAAGGUGACUACUAUGUCAUGGUUAUGGAUAUGCUUGGACCUAGUUUGUGGGAUGUUUGGAAUAACAACUCACACACGAUGUCCAUUGAAAUGGUAGCAUGUAUUGCUAUUGAAGCAAUCUCUAUAUUAGAGAAGAUGCACUCUAGAGGGUAUGUGCAUGGGGAUGUAAAGCCUGAGAACUUUUUGCUUGGUCCUCCAGGAACUAAUGAGGAGAAAAAACUGUUUCUUGUUGACCUUGGAUUAGCCACCAAGUGGAGAGAUAGUUCAACUGGCCUUCAUGUUGAAUAUGAUCAACGGCCAGAUGUUUUCAGGGGAACAGUACGUUAUGCUAGUGUGCAUGCUCACCUUGGAAGGACUGGAAGCAGAAGAGAUGAUUUGGAAUCUCUUGCUUACACCCUCAUUUUUCUUCUCCGUGGACGGCUGCCUUGGCAAGGUUACCAGGGAGAGAAUAAAGGGUACCUUGUUUGCAAAAAGAAGAUGGCAACAUCUCCAGAAGCUUUGUGUUGCUUUUGUCCUCAGCCUUUUCGGCAGUUUGUUGAAUAUGUGGUGAACUUGAAGUUUGAUGAAGAACCUAAUUAUGCAAAAUAUAUCUCCCUCUUUGAUGGGAUUGUGGGUCCAAAUCCGGAUAUCAGGCCAAUAAACACUGAUGGUGCUCAGAAGCUUAUAUAUCAGGUUGGACAUAAGAGAGGACGACUGACAAUGGAGGAGGAUGAUGAUGAGCAACCAAAGAAGAAGGUCCGAAUGGGAAUGCCUGCAACACAAUGGAUUAGUGUUUACAAUGCUCGUCGGCCUAUGAAGCAAAGGUAUCACUAUAACGUUGCAGAUGUGAGACUUCCCCAGCACGUAGAGAAAGGAAAUGAAGAUGGAUUAUAUAUUAGUAGUGUGGCUUCUUGUUCAAACUUAUGGGCCCUAAUUAUGGAUGCUGGCACAGGCUUCAGUGCUCAAGUUUAUGAACUCUCUCCUUAUUUCCUUCACAAGGAAUGGAUUAUGGAACAAUGGGAGAAGAACUAUUACAUCAGUGCAAUAGCAGGAGCUAAUAAUGGGAGCUCAUUGGUGGUGAUGUCCAAGGGCACGCAAUAUUUACAGCAGUCCUAUAAAGUCAGUGAGUCAUUUCCAUUUAAGUGGAUAAAUAAAAAAUGGAGAGAGGGUUUCUAUGUUACUGCUAUGGCCACUGCAGGAAGUAGAUGGGCGAUUGUCAUGUCUCGUGGUGCUGGAUUUUCUGAUCAGGUUGUAGAGCUAGAUUUUUUGUAUCCUAGUGAAGGUAUUCAUCGGAGGUGGGAUAAUGGUUAUCGCAUCACAGCAACUGCAGCAACCUGGGACCAGGCUGCUUUUGUUCUUAGUGUACCAAGAAGAAAACCUGCAGAUGAAACACAAGAGACGCUCAGAACUUCUGCUUUUCCUAGCACACAUGUCAAGGAGAAAUGGGCAAAAAAUCUUUACAUUGCAUCAGUUUGCUAUGGUCGGACUGUUUCUUGAGCUGGCAAAGUUUUAUCAGGAUGUUCACUGAAGUUAUUUUUGACUGCUCAUGCAUACAAGCUGUGAGCCUGCUCUUACCAUCCAUGCCCUGUCUGCAAAACCCAAAUCUUUCCCGCAGCAAAACUGGUCAUCAUGGCAGUUGGGCAUUGAUGUAUGCAAAACUUUACUUAAUUGUCACCAUCACAUUGCACCUAUUACUAACACCUGUGCACUGUCUUUCAAUUGUAUCGAAAUGCUUUCAAGCUAAUGUCUAUUCCAUCUGGAUGGGGUUAUUUUACUUACUGUUGAAAAGGUUGUAUAGUCUAGAACAAUAAUUACUUUAUUGAAGGCAUGUGCACAGGUCAUGUUUCGAUUGUUGUUAUUUUGAGAAACAUGCAAUUUUUAAGAUUUUCCGACAGAUAAUGGACAUUUCAAUUCUCUCUGGUUCUUUAUGCUCUUUCUUUUUUGGUCUCUUCACACAACCUAUGUUUGUUUGCUGUAUGACCUCGGAGAUUUUUUAACUUGACUUGAGAGAAUGAUACUCAUGUGUAUUAAUCUUCAGAAACAGUUCUUAUAACAUCUUAAUCAGUUUAGCUGUCUUUUUCCCCCUAUUUUUCAAUUCAUUGUGCCUCUUCCAAAUGACUCAAAGCAUACAUUGCAUGGAUUCUCUGAAUAUAUGCAAGUACUGUGUGUGGGAAUAUGGCAACAUGGAUUUUUUCCAGUUUUCUUCCGCAAACUAGGAGCAUAUAUUGCAUGGAUUCUCUGAAUAUAUGCAAGCACUGCAUGCAGGAUUAGCAACAUGGAUUUUUUCCAAUUUUCUUCCACAAACUAGGAGCAUAUAUUGCAUGGAUUCUCUGAAAAUAUGCGAGGAUGGUACCAUGCAUACAUUUUGUUAAUUGCAGACUUUUUAGUUUACCUUUUUUUUUGGUGGUUUCCUAUCUGUUGAUUUGACUUGAAUACAUUGUUUCUCUUGAAUGAACUUCGCACAUUGACAACCAGAUAUUUGAAUACCUUAAUGCUAAUGUACUCUACAUCAAAUUAUCCCAAGAGGCUUCAUGUGAUAAUUUAUUGAUAGAGUGGUCAUUGCAGUCAAUAUUUUGCAGUGGAUGUGAACCACAUUUAAAUGUUUCAUUAUUUGAAAAAUUGGCGGAAGCAAACUAUUGUCUUGAUUCUUUCAACCAUUUUCUUAAUUGAAGAAUAUUUGGAAACUAGGGAACACUUGAACCAUUCAUGAAUCAAACUGAGAGGCUUGGCUUGGCUUGGCUUGGCUUGGCUUGGCUUUUGGGAUUGACCCUAUAGGAUAAUGGUUGGGAAGCAUUUUAUGUUGUAAUAUCCACAUCACACUGUUACUUUCACUCAGUUCAUACUUUAAGCUGGUCAUUUGACACUGAACAUAUUGGUGGCUGCUUGGUUAGAUUACUGUUGUUAAAGUUUGAGGAUGUGAAUGUACUAGAUAUGUUGGUAUAUAAUUUAUCAUGGGCUGAACGAUUUUGGUCAAGAUCUUUGCUUUGGAACAGAAGCACAAUUAGCUGAGGCACCUUUGUCAUACCAAGAAGCCCACCAGCUAUUACACUUGGUAAGGUCCUAGCCUGCCUGGAAUAUCACUUGGAAAUCUCAUACAAAGUUCCUUAGCUUGCUGUUUAUACUCGAGUUGAGUUGAAAUUGGACUUUGCUGGCAUGGCUUUUAUGUCUGUAUGGUGUAGUCACUAAAUAUGAUGAUCUAUGAUUGGUUUUAUCUGUUUCAUUUGAUAUAUAAUCUGUGAAAGUCAUAGGUUUCCUCAAACCUUGUGAACAGAAGCAGCAGACGAUGUACAAGUUGAAAAUUUACAAGUGAGACAUCUGAUUCUGUAUAUUACUUUCUAACCAUUGGGAUUAUUCGUGCAUAUGGAUGUAUCCUCUUCUUUCUCUGCUGUUGGUGCUGCACACUUGGACACGACCUGGUUCUGACACUUGUCAUGCAUUUACAGGGCUGUGAAGGUGACUGCUACAUGGUAUGUGUCAUUUGCUUUUAUGUGCACUUUCUGAAUUCUAGGUGCUGUGACCUUUAGAAUGACCUGCACUUCCAAGGGUUUCUUUUUCUGUUGUUUCUAGAGGGCUAACCAGAUGGUUUGGGUUCAAGCAGGGUUCAUUUUGAGCAUGGAAUUAUCACAUUGUGACUUUCUUGAUGGCCUGUUGAAGCGGGGAAUGUUCCCUUCAGAAGCAAGGCGCAAUUGAACCUGCAUCUUCUGAUUAACCUGAUCGGAAUUAAAAAAAAAAAGGGUCUUUGCUUUGUCGAUUUUGUGCUUCUCUACAGCUUCCUAGGUUUUCACCCUCAUUGCAGGUAUGAUUGGUUUGCACCUAUUAGCCAUUGGUGGUCAAGCUGCCUACCCAAAUAAGAACUGUUGACGCCAUAAAUUGUUUGUGGACACGGUAUACUACGAGUGCUGCCAACAACAUCCAUGUCUGAACUUAACAUGUUAAAUUCCUAUCUGAUACAUAUCUGUGCCUGUUUCUUGUUUUUUGGCAACUCCAAGCCAUGAUUUAAUAGGGAGACGGCAUAUGCUGAACUUGAAGAUUUUAUGGUCAUCUCAGUGUAUUGUGGUAUUUUAUAGAUCAAGAGCGAUGGCUGUGAUACUUGAUAGAAGUGUUAUUGAGAAAUCUAUUUAAUAGAUUGGACAUUUGAUUUCA